AUGGGGGAAGACGAUACAAAAGUCGCUGUGGAGCCAUCCGCAAAUGGGACUAGUUCUCUUCAAAAGGCACCAGAUGCAGAAGCGCAGGGUGGCGAGGAAACACAUGAACUUAAGAAAGAUGAGGAUGCUGGACCGGAGAAGAUGGAGAUAGAUGCUGAGAUCAAGCAACAUGAAGAAAAAGAUAAGAAACUUGAGACCGAGAAAACAGACGACAAGGCUGAUCAAAUGGAUGAAGACAACAAGGUCAAAGCUGAUGAUGGUGUUUCUGGAGAGGAAGAUACGGUAAUGAAGGAGAACAUGGAGUCUGAUGACAAGAAAGACAUCAAAGAAGGUGCUGGAAAUCAAGGGAUGGCCAAGGUAGCUACUACUCAAGAGAGAACUGAGAAAGAAUCAGAGGAUGGAGGGAAACUAAACGGAGACAAGCAAGGGAAUAAGGAAGACAUCAAAGAGGAAGACAAGGUUGUCGGUGGAGAUGAGGGUGAAAAUAACAAAGACGAAGAGCCAAAGGAAAAGAAUGAGAUCCAACUGGCUGAAGACGGGAAAGAGAAGGAAACAAACAAACAAGGGGAGGAAGAAGAAGAGCAUGUGGAGGCAGACGCUGAGCCGAAAGUGGAAGAUGAAAAAGCAGAGAGUAAAGGCGGCAAUGAAAAUGAGAUAGAUGAAAGCAAGGAUGAGAAGGAAGAUGAAAAAGAAGAGACCAUGGAUGAUAAGGAAGAUGAAAAAGAAGAGAGCAAUCAUGACAAAAAUGAAGAUACCAACAAGUCUAACAAGCGAGGGAAAGGGAAGACUGACAAGGUUCGUGGAAAUACAAAGAGUGAGGAAGAUAAGAAGGAUAUUGAACCUAGGACUCCUUUCUCUGAUCGCCCUGUCCGCGAGCGGAAAUCUGUUGAAAGGCUUGUCGCACUGGUUGAUAAAGAUUCUUCAAAGGAAUUCCAAGUCGCAAAGGGAAAAGGAACACCUCUCAAAGAUAUUCCCAAUGUUGCGUACAAGUUAUCCAGGAAGAAGUCUGAUGAAGUUCUCAAGUUGCUACACACGAUUCUAUUUGGUGGGAGAAGAGGAAAAGCUGCUCAGAUCAGGACAAAUAUAUUGCGCUUUUCUGGUUACACCUGGCAAGGAGAUGAGGAAAAGGCAAAAGAUAAAGCAAAAGAAAAGCUUGACAAAUGCAACAAAGAAAAGUUGCUGGAGUUUUGCGAUAUCUUUGACAUAUCAGUUGCCAAGACUACAAGAAAGAAGGAAGAUAUUGUUGCGAAGCUGUUUGAGUUUUUGGAGAAACCUCAUGCGACAACUGAUGUUCUAAUUUAUGAGAAAGAGAAGGGAGCAAAGCGCAAACGAACUCCGAAGAAAAGCUCACCGGCUGCUGGAAGUUCAUCUUCAAAACGAUCUUCAAAGGACGAGGCGCCUCAGCCUUCUGAAAGUGAAGAGAAAGCUGAAUCUGAGGAGUCAGAGGAAGAAACUAAAAAGAAGAAACGUGGUUCGAGGACAUCAUCUGGAAAGAAAGAGUCAGCGGGGAAAUCCAGAAGCAAGAAAACUGCAGUCUCUAUGAAAUCCAGCCCUGCAAAGAAAGCUACUCAAAAACGCUCUGCAAGUAAACGAAAGAAGAGUGAUGACGACAGUGAUACAACUCCAAAGGCAUCCUCGAAGAGGAAAAAGACUGAAAACCCAUCCAAGGAGCAGUCCUUGACUCCUUCAAAAUCCGCAUCAAAAGAGAAACCAGGAAAAAGAGGUGGAAAAGGGAAAGACAAUACCAAGAAACCCAGUGAUGAAGAGUUGAAAAAUGCAAUUCUUGAUAUCUUGAAAGGGGUGGAUUUUAACACGGUGAGGGCCACAUUCACUGAUAUCUUCAAGCGACUAGGUAUGAGCAGCAGAUAA